AUGGCCCGCUUCGGUGGACACGCUCUCCGUGAUCUGGCCCGUGGUGUGGUGGGCGCUGCCGUGGGCAUCCGGUCCGACGUCGACCCGACACCGGCCGAUGUCGAGGCCCCUCCGGCUCCUGAUGCUCAGGCUGUCCCGACGGAGGCUCCGGCCCAGGACACGAACGUGGCUCCGGACCCGGCACCCUUUUAUGACUGGUGGUCUGCCCGCUGCUCCCGCGGCUUUCCUCCUGCCCGGCCUUCCACCCCCUCUUUCCCCCCUGCCAAGCCCGUUGCCGCUCCAUCUGAAGCGGCUCCCAAAGCCCCCGCGGCAGCUGCCAAGGCCGCCCCGCCGCCCCUGGAGACGGACCUGUCAUUUUUAUGCACUCUUGAUGAUGAUGCGAUUUACCGGUCCCUUGCCGACCUGCCACCGUCCCAGGUGACUCGCCUCCUUCUUUUGAUCGCCGAAGUCGCCCAGGAUGUCACCUAUGCCAUGGGCAACCUGGGCCAGCUCGACGUUGAGGUUCCGGUCGCGCACAUGUCCCAGACCGGCCCGCCUCCGAACCGAGGCCGCUAUCCGCAGACGACGCGUGGUGACCUUGCACCUUUGCCGUCCGGUCCGCGCUUUCCGGACCAACAGGCAGCCGACGCCAUCCAUGCCGGUCUGGACCAGGCCGAUGGCACCAGGCCUGAUCCCAACCCGGCCCCGCCAAAUCCCACCGAUGGCGCUGGUGCUGAAUCCGGUGGCCUGCGAGUCCUGCCCGGAUUCGCCCGCCCCCACCAGGGACUUUUGACGGACACGUCUGGCAUUGACCCGAACGAACCUCUGGUCCACUCGGAUCCCAACCGCCCCGGCUGCACUCCGGUCUUUGUGGACCGUGGCCAACUUACCCCGCGCCGUGCCAAUACCGGCCCCUGGACCAUCAGCGAAGGCUGGGAGCGCUUGAGCAUUUUCCUGCCUGAGACCCCCGGCCCUUUCAUCCGCACGGACUCCUGGCCCUGGCCCGACCUCUUUUGCUUUGAGGAGCAGGACUUGCCAAGCUGGGCUCCGCUCCAGGACCCUCCGUCCGCCUGCAAAUUCGCGGAUACUGUUCGCACGAUUGUCCGGCCCGGGGCCCGCACUGUCUCCGCAUUUGCCUCCGGCCCGUGA